UUCAAGGAGAGAAAGGAAUGAUGUAAACUUUGUGAUUCUCAAAAGAAGAGCUUACUUAAAAAGAGAAUGAUGGUUGGUUUCAAAUUACCGUGGUUUUUAGAUUACUUUGGAUAUGUUUUACUCGUGUCAGUAUUUAUAAUUGCUGGAAAUUACAUCCUUUUCAACUAUUUAGACAUGUAAUGGAACGUUUUAGACAGCAGCUUGAUGUGCCUUCGCAAAUGGGGAAUGGGAAGGCGGGGGCGGGGAUCGGCGGUGGGUGGUGCCUGUUUGCAGACCACUGCGUUGCGGCCAGUUUGGUAAGGCCGCCAAGUGGAGACCAGUGUCUGUCCAUCUCUUGAUAGUAUUUGAGCCUUGCACGAAAAACUCUCCCUGUCUCAAUUUAGUUCAUUUAGAAAACUGGAUGACCGCUACUUUGCUGGGUUGUUGCAAAGAACAGAGAUAAUUUCUGCAAAGCAUCUGGUACGCCGUGUGGCGACAAACCGGAGCGCUGUGCUGGUGGAGUGAGAGGCACCGGAGUCCCGACCCAAGACAGCAGAAGGUGACGCGGCCGGGUUUCCAAACUCCCUGGCCUCGGACUGUUCUUCGGGGAGGAUGGUGCAGACCGGUCCUCUCUCCGCCAGCGCCCCGCCCCCCUUCCGCCGCGCGGCUCCACCCCCGCCGCCCGGAAGCGCAGCGGCCAGGGGAACCCAGAUUCCCCCGCAAGGAAGUUUCCCGCCCGGCGGAGCCGGCUCAGCAGGUAUGCUGCGGGCGGGUCGCCCGGGAUCCUGCCCCCGAGCUGCCCCCAGGGCUCCGGGAGCCGCGGGGAAAGGGACCGAGCCCCCGAAGGGUACACAGGGGCUGGAGGGGGAACUGCCCGAAGUCCCGGGCCGCGUUGGUCUCCGUGGCAACGCGCUACACACCGCUCUGGCGCGGGCACCAGCUCUGCAGCCCAGCCGGCGGCCGCCUCGCCGAGUGCUCCUAAGGGGGCAGCACGUCCUCGUUGAGAAGGGCCGAACUGUAAAACCGCACCAGUAUUAA